AUGUCAAAGGCCCGCAUUUCACGGGUCAACGAAGACGACGGCGAGGCCUAUCCAGUCGACCUGUCCAGUCAUACCGGCUACGUUGGACCCUAUUCCUCAGGCCCGUACCAGGACCCCUCCUCUCUCUCUCCAUACUCUCCUUACCAGACAGAGUAUACCCGCUCCGGAGGAUAUGAUGUUGUCAGCCCCGAUAUCCCACAAUCGCAGAGCUGGCGGAGCGGCGGCGCACAAACUCCAGAGUUUACAUUCACGAGGACAGCAACCAGUGGCCCACUUGGAUAUUCGCCUAUUGCCCCCUCUGGACCGAGGUUAAGCCAGCUUAUCAGCGCAUCGUUGCCUGCAACACUGAACCCUGGUAUGCCCGCGGCGUACAGUAAUCGUAACUCGACGACGACAGCGGAGGGUGGAAUCGAAAUCGAGGAGAUUGACCAGAGUUACGAUGGGUUCAAGGCUAGGCGUGUGUUGGCGGUGGAACAUGAUAAUACGCGGAGUAAUCGUGGGAGCACUUUAACUGUUCCUGGAGGUACUGGGGGAUUGGGAAGGGAGAAAAGUAUAGUGCGGAGGAUUAGCACAAGAAUCAUGUCAACUGUCAGGGGAAGGCCGAAGAGCGGGUGGUCUUAUCAGGCUGGGAAUGGAGGCGAUAUUGAUGAGGAAGCGAGGCUGGCAGAGACGACCGCCGAUGGUUAUAGUAAGGUUGAGGGAGGAGAGGAUGCGAUAAACUAUGAUCUAGAUUUCUUCUCAGCAGACCAUGUACCGGCUGCGGCUGUACAGGCAUACCAAGAACAUAACAUGAACCCGGAUUUUGCGUAUACUGGGAAUGGAGAGGCUAUUGAUUUAUCGAGCUUUUCAGGACUCGAUGCGGACAAAGACUCGGAUAAUUUUUCGCUUCACCGCGCCGGAAACCUGGAGAGUAGGGCGCAGACAGCGUACUAUUUCCCGCCAAAUCGUGAUAUUCCAAACUGGAAGCCCUUCCCCAUGCGAACAGGGUUUCUUCUGUUCCUGCUAUUUCUUUCUCUGCUGCUAUUGGUUGGCGCCGAAGUACUUUUUCAAUUUUCAGAUCGGGGUCUCCUCCGUGCCGACAAAAAACCCGGAAUCCUCUCCUUUUUCAUGGUAGAUGAUCUCGAUAUUGUCCAGUUUGCAAUGUGGAAAUAUAUGCCGACCGUCGUCGGUGUUAUCUACGGUAUCCUGUGGAAAAUCACUGACACCGAGGUUAAACGUGCUGAGCCCUACUAUCAACUCAGUUAUGGUGCCCGCGGUGCUAUGGCCGCGAGCACCCUUAAUAUUGAAUACCAGACCUUUUGGAGUCUUCUCGUUCCUAUUGCUGCUCUAAAACACAGGCAGUGGGUUGUCGUAGCUUCUUCGGUUGCGUCCCUCGUUGCAUUCGCAAUCGUCCCAAUGUUUCUGUCCGUGUUCGUCAAGAUCUCGCCAUCCCAGAAAUCUCGACAGCAGUCCGGAAAGCCUGACCGUGAGAUUGAGAAGACUAUCGUCGUCGAUAUUGUUUUCACGCGAAUUUUGGAGACCACCCUCGUCAUCAUCAUUGUUCUCAAUGCGUAUAUGACCGUCGCCUUGAAAAAGCGCAGAUCUGGCCUUCUCGGCGACCCCAGUGGUAUUGCAGGCGUCGCAGCCAUGGCAAACAAAUCGCACAUUUUGAUGGACUUCCAGGGUCUUGACUCCGCUUCUGAAGAAAAGAUUCACAAACAGCUUAACAAGCGUACUUACCUACUCCACAAAGGUUCGCUCUGGCAAGCCGACUUCCUCAAAGAAUCCGACCGCGAUAACCAAGCCCCCAAAGCCAUGAACGCUCAUCCUCUCCUACUACGUUUGAAAGGUGGAGUACCAUUCCUGAUUUUCCUGGUUGUUUUGGCAGGACUGCUGCCACCAAUGGCACAUCCUACACCGCUCAAUGUCGUUAUCGACAAGACGCCAUGGGUGUUGACAGCGCUAUCAGUCACGAUCAAGUCCCUCUGGGAAAUCGUCGAAAAGGAUAUGCGCAUGUUGGAGCCUUUUUGGAUUUUGUACAAUCGUCACGCGCCAUCCAGCAUACUUACACUUGACUACUCUGCUACAGUCCCUGGCUGGCUUGUUGUGAAAGCACUAUUCAAAGGCCAUUACCUCCUUGCCUGGGUAGGCUUCGUGUCUGUGCUUAUUGAAAUUCUCACAGUCGCUAUGGGCUCUCUCGACUACAAUGGCGGUGAAGAAAGUGGUCUCUCCUUCCGUAUCUCGUUCGCAUUCUCUAUGGGGAUCCUGUUCAUACUCAUCGCAACAAUGGCCUUGGUACUGCAUCUGCGCAGACAUCCAUUCCUACCCAGACAGCCCGGUACGAUUAGUUCUGUAUUGGCAUUCAUUCAUCAAAGCAAAAUGUUAGUCGAUUUCGAGGGGACAGAGGAGGCCUCGACGGCGGAGAGACGUGAGAAGCUGAAGAAGUUGGGUAUGACGUAUGCAUUCGGGUGGUUUCAGGGAAGGGACGGAAAGCGCCAUUUGGGCAUUGACCAUGAGGAGAUCAUUGCAAUCUAUAAGUUUGGCGAUGAUGCGCACAUUGGAGGUAGAAUAGAGGAGGUGACCGGGUGGGAUAGGUUGGACAGCACGUAG